AUGGGUAGAGGGGCCUCAGUCCCACAGGGAGGUGAGCAGGGUGGGCCUGAGGUGGUAGCCGGGGCCAGAGCAGAGUCCCAGUCCUCAGAGCUGUAUGGCAGCCUGUCCCCAACUGUCACCAGUGGGAAGGGGCCAGCCCUCAGCCGCACCGGCUCUAGGCUGGCCCUGAGCCUGGUGUCAUGUCUCUGGGACCCAGGGGAGAGAAAAAAGGCUCUGGAGGAGAUGAUUGGAUAUUACCGCUUCUGUAGCUCUUGUGAAGAAUUUCGGUCAUGGAUGAAAGACAAAGAGAAUAUUUUUCGGACUCUUCAGCCUCAAGCAGACAACGUGGAGGUCAUGCAGCAGAAAUAUCAGAGCUUUUUAACGGAACUGGCUGCAGGCAAAGGCCAGCUGGGAGAUAUUGAAAACUUAGCUGCUAAAUACGGAAAGAUCAGUCCCGGCAAAUAUUCUGAGAUCCAGAUUUGGCUGGAAGAGAUCAACAGCAGGUGGGAACGCAUGGAAACUCUGAAGGAGGAGAAGGGCUCUGAGCUGAUUGGAGUGGCUGACGUGAAGACGUUUCUUCAGGAUUGUCAGAGCAUAGGAGUACUACUGCAAGACAAAAUGGUCCAACUCGGCGAUCUGGAACCAGGGAACUCUCCUGCUGGGCUGGAGUCAGACAAGCGCAAGCUGUGUACAGUUGAGAGAGAGGUCCUGGUGAUAGAGAGGAAAAUUGAAUACUUGAGGAGCGUUGCAAAAUCGAUUAAGGACACCAACCCUGCAGAGAGCAGGGCCAUCACUGAGCAGGUGGAGACCAUGGAGAGGCUUCUGGCAAAGCUCAAGCUGGAGACCCAAAAGAAGCAGGACAUUCUGCAGCGGGCACAAAAUCAACAGUCCUUCCUGCAAGAGAGCCGCAGGCUUCUGUUGUGGGCAGAAGGCAUUCGGGAGAAACUGAGCAGUGAAGAAAUGGGUGUAGAUGUUGCUUCUGCAGAGCAAUUGCUGAAGGAACACCAGGACCUGCUGAAAGAAAUUAGGUCUCAGAAAGAAAGAUUUGUGCAGCUGGAAGAGCUAGGCCGCAAAGUAAUCCACGAACAACCCAGUAACGGCAGGACCGCAGAUGUCCACCAGUCCAUGGAGAGGCUUGCUGAGGAGAACAAAUUGCUGGAGAAAAUGUGGGAACAGCGACAGAAGAAGCUGCAGGACGGCCUGGAACUGCAGAAGUUCAAUAGGGAGGGAGACCGUAUCAAUGCAGCCCUCUCUGGCCAUGAGGCCUUUCUCCGGGGAAAUGACCUUGGGGACCAUGUAGAUGCUGUUCGAAGCCUGCUAAAGCAACAUCAGCAAUUUGAACAAGUGCUAAUGGUGCUGAAGAGACGAAUUGAAGCCCUUAAUGAAAAUGGAGUGAACCUAAUAGAGAAUAGACACUUUGCAUCUCAUGUUAUUGAAGAGAGAAUGAUUACUCUCCGGCGAAGGUGGGAGCGGCUGAUAGAAAGCAAUUCCAAGAGAAAACAGAAGUUGUUGGAUUCCCUAGAGCUGCAGGAGUUUAAUCGUGAUGCUGCUGACCUUUUGAUCUGGAUGGAAGAGAAGUACAAGAUUGCAUCAGAUGAAUCCUAUCGUGAUCCAACAAAUGUUCUACGCAAACUGAAGUGGCAUGAGGCUGCUGAGAAGGAAAUGAUGGCUAAUGAGGAGCACUUUGCAACACUGAUAAAUAAAGGAAAUCAGCUGAUUCAAGACAACCAUUAUGCUGCAGUUUCUAUCCGGGAGAAGAUGUCAGAACUUCAAAAGAAGUGGAAGGAAUUGUAUGGCAAGAUGAUAGAGCGAGGUGACAAGCUGAGACAAGCUGGGCAGCAAGAACAGCUCAUGGAACUGCUCCAGGAUGCCAAAAAGAAGAUAGAGAAAAUUGAGAAAGUUCUUCAGGAAUCUGAGACAGGCCAUGAUUUGCGCUCCAGCCGUGAUCUACUCAAGCAGCACAGACAGCUGGAAAAUGAGACACGUGAGCUGGCAGAGAAAAUGAACUCUAUUGUAUCUCAUGCAAGGAAAAUGGCCACCAAUCACUUUGACUCUCAGAGGAUUCUGGAUGAAACACAGAAAUAUCUGAACAGGUUUGAGUCUUUGCAAGCACCUCUUGAUGAGAGGCGUAAGUUGCUGGAAGCUUCUGUGGAUCUCUAUGAGUUCUACCAUUAUCAUGACAUGGAACUGAACUGGAUUAAUGAGCGAUUGCCUAUUGCCCAUUCUACCAACUGUGGGAAGUCCUUGGAUGUGGCUCAAAGCCUGUUGCAAAAACACAAGGAACUGCAGGCAGAGGUGAAUGCCCACAAACAGCAAAUCCAGCGGGUCCUGGAUAAAGGAAAGACAAUGGUUGUAGGCCGGCAUCCAUCAGCUCAGAAAAUAAGUGAGAAGUGCCAGGAGCUUGUGACUGCCUGGCAGGGCUUGGAGAAGGCCUGUGAGGAGAGGAUGAAGCAGCUGCAGCACUCAGUUGGCUUCCAGGAGUUUUUAAUGAAUACUUCAGACCUGGACGCUUGGAUAGCAGAAAAAUAUCCACUUGUGACAAGCAAGGACUAUGGUAAGGAUGAAGAUUCAACUUUGAAACUCCGCAAGAAACAUAAGGCACUGGAGCAUGAGAUUGCCAUUUACCAAAAUUUGAUGACAGAACUGAGUGAAAGUGCCCAAACUCUUUGUGCGGGCUCCACCCAGUAUGUUGAGGUUGAUGCACCAAAGGAACAAGUUCAUUCCAGGCUCCAGGAACUGCAGGAACUAGCAGCAGCAAGAGGGAAGAAGCUGGAUGAGACUCUUGUGUUGCAUGAGUUUCUACGAGAAUAUGAAGAUCUGCAAGACUGGAUCACUCAGCAGAAACAAAUAGCCAGCUCUGAAGACUAUGGAAAUGAUUAUGCACAUGUCUUGCAACUUUGUGCCAAAUAUGACACGUUCCGACACCAGUUGGAAGGAGCUGGGAAAAGGGUUGUGGUUUGCCAGCAGCUGGCAGACAGCUUGGUCAACGGUGGGCAUUCUGAGUCCCGGGAGAUUCGGCAGAAGCAGAAGGAGCUAAGGAACUCCUGGGAGGAGCUCUUGGAAAUUACUAGAUUACGAGGUGAGCGGCUGAGAGAUGCUGAGGUGAUUCACAAGUGUUUCCAAGAUCUGACAGAUGCUCUGGCCCAUAUUGAGGAGAAGUCCAAAAGUAUUCCAGAUGAUGUUGCUAAGGACAUGAGAGGUGUGCAAACCCAGCUCCGGAACCAUGUGGCCCUGGAGCAUGAACUCUCUGGGAAUGAGCAGCAGCUGCAGGAGCUGAUCCAUUCUGCAGAUCACGUGCUGACCCAUUGCUCAAAGAAGCAGGUGGAAGACCUGAAAGCAAAGCAGCAGGCAAUUGUGACCAACUGGAGGGCCCUGAAGUCUAAAGUGGAACUGCGCAAGAAAUUGCUGGAACAAGCACACAAGCUUUACCAGUUUCAGGCACAUGUUUGGGACUAUUUCUCAUGGACAGCAGAAAUUAUCAGGGAAAUGAGAGCCAAGGAGACAAUUCGGGACAUAUCUACCAGCAGCCUUAGACUUACCCAGCAUCAACAGCUACUGGCAGAGAUUGAAGCACGAGAAGAGAAGUAUAAUCAUGUUGUACAGGAAGGACAGUCGCUCUUGCAAGAUGAGGAAACAGGAUCAAAAGAGAUUCAGCAGAAACUACAGGCUCUGUUGGAAGAGAAGGAAAAUGUAUACAAUGAAUGGAAACAGAAGAAGGAAUGGCUGGAGAAAAUACACCAAGAACAAAUGUUCUACAAGGAUUUGGAUCACCUGGACAAGCUCCUGAAUUCACAGGAGAAAGGAAAUCAGCUGAUUCAAGACAACCAUUAUGCUGCAGUUUCUAUCCGGGAGAAGAUGUCAGAACUUCAAAAGAAGUGGAAGGAAUUGUAUGGCAAGAUUAUAGAGCGAGAUGACAAGCUGAGACAAGCUGGGCAGCAAGAACAGCUCAUGGAACUGCUCCAGGAUGCCAAAAAGAAGAUAGAGAAAAUUGAGAAAGUUCUUCAGGAAUCUGAGACAGGCCAUGAUUUGCGCUCCAGCCGUGAUCUACUCAAGCAGCACAGACAGCUGGAAAAUGAGACACGUGAGCUGGCAGAGAAAAUGAACUCUAUUGUAUCUCAUGCAAGGAAAAUGGCCACCAAUCACUUUGACUCUCAGAGGAUUCUGGAUGAAACACAGAAAUAUCUGAACAGGUUUGAGUCUUUGCAAGCACCUCUUGAUGAGAGGCGUAAGUUGCUGGAAGCUUCUGUGGAUCUCUAUGAGUUCUACCAUUAUCAUGACAUGGAACUGAACUGGAUUAAUGAGCGAUUGCCUAUUGCCCAUUCUACCAACUGUGGGAAGUCCUUGGAUGUGGCUCAAAGCCUGUUGCAAAAACACAAGGAACUGCAGGCAGAGGUGAAUGCCCACAAACAGCAAAUCCAGCGGGUCCUGGAUAAAGGAAAGACAAUGGUUGUAGGCCGGCAUCCAUCAGCUCAGAAAAUAAGUGAGAAGUGCCAGGAGCUUGUGACUGCCUGGCAGGGCUUGGAGAAGGCCUGUGAGGAGAGGAUGAAGCAGCUGCAGCACUCAGUUGGCUUCCAGGAGUUUUUAAUGAAUACUUCAGACCUGGACGCUUGGAUAGCAGAAAAAUAUCCACUUGUGACAAGCAAGGACUAUGGUAAGGAUGAAGAUUCAACUUUGAAACUCCGCAAGAAACAUAAGGCACUGGAGCAUGAGAUUGCCAUUUACCAAAAUUUGAUGACAGAACUGAGUGAAAGUGCCCAAACUCUUUGUGCGGGCUCCACCCAGUAUGUUGAGGUUGAUGCACCAAAGGAACAAGUUCAUUCCAGGCUCCAGGAACUGCAGGAACUAGCAGCAGCAAGAGGGAAGAAGCUGGAUGAGACUCUUGUGUUGCAUGAGUUUCUACGAGAAUAUGAAGAUCUGCAAGACUGGAUCACUCAGCAGAAACAAAUAGCCAGCUCUGAAGACUAUGGAAAUGAUUAUGCACAUGUCUUGCAACUUUGUGCCAAAUAUGACACGUUCCGACACCAGUUGGAAGGAGCUGGGAAGAGAGUUGUGGUUUGCCAGCAGCUGGCAGACAGCUUGGUCAACGGUGGGCAUUCUGAGUCCCGGGAGAUUCGGCAGAAGCAGAAGGAGCUAAGGAACUCCUGGGAGGAGCUCUUGGAAAUUACUAGAUUACGAGGUGAGCGGCUGAGAGAUGCUGAGGUGAUUCACAAGUGUUUCCAAGAUCUGACAGAUGCUCUGGCCCAUAUUGAGGAGAAGUCCAAAAGCAUUCCAGAUGAUGUUGCUAAGGACAUGAGAGGUGUGCAAACCCAGCUCCGGAACCAUGUGGCCCUGGAGCAUGAACUCUCUGGGAAUGAGCAGCAGCUGCAGGAGCUGAUCCAUUCUGCAGAUCACGUGCUGACCCAUUGCUCAAAGAAGCAGGUGGAAGACCUGAAAGCAAAGCAGCAGGCAAUUGUGACCAACUGGAGGGCCCUGAAGUCUAAAGUGGAACUGCGCAAGAAAUUGCUGGAACAAGCACACAAGCUUUACCAGUUUCAGGCACAUGUUUGGGACUAUUUCUCAUGGACAGCAGAAAUUAUCAGGGAAAUGAGAGCCAAGGAGACAAUUCGGGACAUAUCUACCAGCAGCCUUAGACUUACCCAGCAUCAACAGCUACUGGCAGAGAUUGAAGCACGAGAAGAGAAGUAUAAUCAUGUUGUACAGGAAGGACAGUCGCUCUUGCAAGAUGAGGAAACAGGAUCAAAAGAGAUUCAGCAGAAACUACAGGCUCUGUUGGAAGAGAAGGAAAAUGUAUACAAUGAAUGGAAACAGAAGAAGGAAUGGCUGGAGAAAAUACACCAAGAACAAAUGUUCUACAAGGAUUUGGAUCACCUGGACAAGCUCCUGAAUUCACAGGAGAUUUAUUUGAAAAGCAGUGACCUUGGAAGCUCUGUGGAUGAAAUAGAGCAACUGAUAAGGAAACAUGAGGCUUUUGAGAAGCUUCUGUCAUCACAGGAUGAGAAGAUGAUGUCUCUUCAAGAACAGGCAAGCAGGCUAGAAAAGGUUGGUGGAUUGGAUGUACUAAAGAUCCAGCACAAACUGAAUGCCAUUCGUGAGAGGAAGCAGCAGAUCAAGGAUCUGUCCCAGAGUAGAAGAGAGAAGCUGCAGACCGCCCUUCUUCUGGCACUUUUCUACCAGAACUUGGAAGAGGCAGAAAACUGGAUCAGUGAGCGCAUGCAGAAGCUGGAGGAUCCUUCUGUACAAGACCCCAGCAAUCUGCAGGACAAAAUGAAGCUGCUGCAGAAACAUCAGGUCUUUGAAGCAGAGAUUCUAGCAAAUGAAGAGAUCAUCACAGCUGUUACUGAGAAAGGAGAAGCCCUGGUAUCAAAAGGCCACCCAAAGUCAGGAGAGAUCCGUCGCCGAGUUCACGUGCUUCAGGAGCUUUGGGAGAAGUUGAAGAGAGCUGUUGCUUCCCGUGGAAAGAUGCUGGAGGACAGCCGGGACUUCCUGGAAUUUCUUCAGAAGGUAGACCAGGUGGAAGCCUGGAUCAGGGAGAAGGAAGUCAUGAUCAAUGUAGGUGAUCUGGGAAAUGACUAUGAACACUGCCUGCAGCUCGUGAAAAAGCUGAAUGAGUUCCGUGGAGCAACAUCAGGGGAGAUGACAGUGGAUGAUGCUCACAUCAGGGCUAUCAAUGCCCUGGCCGUGAAACUGGAGAGACAGAACAAGGAAGAAACAAAGACAAUAUAUGAGCGCCGCAAGCAGCUCAACGAGAAGCUGGAUAUUUGGAAAAUCUUGGUAAUGGUAAAGAUUUAUUUGAAAAGCAGUGACCUUGGAAGCUCUGUGGAUGAAAUAGAGCAACUGAUAAGGAAACAUGAGGCUUUUGAGAAGCUUCUGUCAUCACAGGAUGAGAAGAUGAUGUCUCUUCAAGAACAGGCAAGCAGGCUAGAAAAGGUUGGUGGAUUGGAUGUACUAAAGAUCCAGCACAAACUGAAUGCCAUUCGUGAGAGGAAGCAGCAGAUCAAGGAUCUGUCCCAGAGUAGAAGAGAGAAGCUGCAGACCGCCCUUCUUCUGGCACUUUUCUACCAGAACUUGGAAGAGGCAGAAAACUGGAUCGGUGAGCGCAUGCAGAAGCUGGAGGAUCCUUCUGUACAAGACCCCAGCAAUCUGCAGGACAAAAUGAAGCUGCUGCAGAAACAUCAGGUCUUUGAAGCAGAGAUUCUAGCAAAUGAAGAGAUCAUCACAGCUGUUACUGAGAAAGGAGAAGCCCUGGUAUCAAAAGGCCACCCAAAGUCAGGAGAGAUCCGUCGCCGAGUUCACGUGCUUCAGGAGCUUUGGGAGAAGUUGAAGAGAGCUGUUGCUUCCCGUGGAAAGAUGCUGGAGGACAGCCGGGACUUCCUGGAAUUUCUUCAGAAGGUAGACCAGGUGGAAGCCUGGAUCAGGGAGAAGGAAGUCAUGAUCAAUGUAGGUGAUCUGGGAAAUGACUAUGAACACUGCCUGCAGCUCGUGAAAAAGCUGAAUGAGUUCCGUGGAGCAACAUCAGGGGAGAUGACAGUGGAUGAUGCUCACAUCAGGGCUAUCAAUGCCCUGGCCGUGAAACUGGAGAGACAGAACAAGGAAGAAACAAAGACAAUAUAUGAGCGCCGCAAGCAGCUCAACGAGAAGUGGAACAGUUUCCAUGGUAACCUGAAUGCAUACAGGAAGAAGUUAGAGGGAGCUCUAGAGAUUCAUGCCCUAAUCAGAGAAAUUGAUGACAUCACAGAGAGAAUUACCGAGAAGAGUGCACUGAUACAAGCACUGGACUAUGGGAAAGAUGUGGAAAGUGUGGAAAACCUGAUCCGAAGGCAUGAAGAGAUGGAGAGAGAAAUCAGCGUUAUUAAGUCCAAAAUUGAGCCAUUGCAAUUGGAAUCUUUCCGCCUUUCCACAAGGAAUCCAUCCAUAAAUGACAAACUGACUAUGAAGCAACAGGAGAUGAAAAACAACUGGCUACGACUCCAGGGACAGGCCAAACAAAGGAAAGAGAAGCUGGCGGCCUCGUAUCAGUUGCAGAAGUUUAACUUGGAGAUGAAGGAGAUCCUGGAUUGGACCCAAAACAUGAGAGGCUUAAUGGAAGCAGGGGGGCUUCCUAAAAGCGCAAAUGAAGCGGAAAGCAUGAUUGAGGAGCAUCAGGAGAGAAAGGAGGAGAUUGAAGCACGGGUGGAAAGAUUCAAUUCUCUCAGUAACUAUGGUCAAGGACUUGCCAAUUCUGGUCACUACGCAACCCCUGAGAUUCACCAGUCCCUCUCCAGACUGCAGCAAGCCUGGGCUGAACUGAUCCAAGUGUGGCAGGAGCAACAUACAAAAUUGCUUCAGGCACAAGAUUUGCAGAAAUUCUAUGGCUAUGUGGAACAGACUGAGAGCUGGCUGAGCAGCAAAGAGGCUUUCUUGGCCAAUGAGGACUUAGGGGACUCAGUGUCUAGUGUGGAAAGCCUACAGCGGAAACAUGCGCAGUUUGAAAAAGCCCUGGAAGCUCAGAUGGAGAAAAUUGAUGAGAUGGCUUCAUUCGCUCGGCAGCUAACGCAGAACAAGCAUUAUGACUCGGAUAACAUCACCAACAGAUUCCAGGCUGUUCUGAGGAGAAAAGAGAAACUGCUGGAGAAUGCUGCUGCUCGCAGACAUCUGCUAGAGGAGUCAAGGCUUCUGCAGAAGUUUCUGAGGAAUUCCUUUGAGGUGGCUGCCUGGAUCAACGAGAAGAAUAGCAUUGCCCAGGAUGAUAGCUGGAAGGAUCCAAGCAAUCUGCAGACCAAACUGCAGAAGCACCAGACUUUCCAAGCAGAGAUCAUGGCCAACAGAAAUCGCCUGGACUCCAUCAAAUCUGAAGGGGAGAAGAUGCUCCGUGAGAGGCACUAUGCCCCUGAAGCCAUUCAGUCCAGACUGCAAGAAAUGGAAGAGCUGUGGGAGGAACUGGUAGCAAGUUGCCAGGAUAAACGGGCCAAGCUGCAGGAUGCUUACAAGGGCCUUCAUUUUCAGCGAAGCGUAGAGGAUAUGGAGAAAUGGUUGGAAGAUGUGGAAAAUGAAUUGAAAGCACCAUAUAGUGACAACGAUCUGGUGGUUUUAAACAGUCAUCUGAAGAAACAAGAGGAACUGGAGGAAGAUAUUGCUGGCCAUAGGGACCGGCUACAAGAGCUUGUGGUCACAACUCAACAAUUCCAGAAGGAGAAGCAUUUCCUUGCUGAUGAACUAGAAGAGAGAGUGGAUCAACUGGUGCAGAGAUACAAAAGUCUACGUGACCCUCUGCAGGAGAGACGUGGGAGUCUGGAGGCAAGCAGACUUCAGUACCAGUUCUUCCGAGAUGUUGAUGAGGAGUUGGCCUGGGUUCAUGAGAAGCUUCCCAUGGCUUCCUCCAGGGAUUAUGGCCAAUCCUUGGCAACCGUUCAGAGUCUACAAGAAAAACACCAGAAUUUGGAGAAUGAGAUAAGCAGUCGGGAUGCUUUGACCAAAGCAGUGCUCAGUACAGGGCAGAAGCUGGUACGGGGAGGCCACUCAGCCUCUAGAAAGAUUAUGGAGCAUCUGAAGGAGCUUGAGGCUUCUGUAGAAACCUUGAAGGCAGAGGCUCAAGAGAGGAGACAGCGGCUCAUGCAGUCAUAUGAGGCCCAUCUGUUCCUGAAUGAGCUUCUGGAAGUGGAGGCAUGGCUGGCAGAGAGGAGCUUCAUUCUGGAGACCUCUGAUUAUGGGAAGAAUGAAGAAUCCACACAAGCUCUACUGCGUAAGCUUGAAGCUACCAAGCUGGACAUGGAUGGUUUCAGGCCCCGGAUCGAGAAAGUGCAGGAGACAGGUGCCAGCUUAAUAAACAAAGACAGCCCUGAGAGUCCAACCAUACUUGCAAAGCUCCAGGGGAUCCUAGCAGACUAUCAGUCUCUCCUGCAGAAGGCUGAGACCCAGAGAAAACGCCUGCAAGAGCAAUUCCAGCUCUAUCAGUUUGAAAGAGAAUUCCAGCUGGUGGAUGCAUGGCUUUCCAGUAAACAGUCUGUAGCAGAGUCGGAUGACUAUGGGCAGGACCUAGAUGAUGUUGAGGUACUGGAGAAAAAGUUUAAAGAUUUUGUAAAUGAGGUGAAACCUCUGGGACAUUCCAAAGUUGUCUCCUUAAAUGAGUUAGCAUCUAAACUAGAGAAGGAGGGCCACAGCAAGAUGGACAUUAUCCAGAAGAGAACAAAGCAAAUCAAUGAGACGUGGGAGAAACUAUGCCAUGCUAUCCAGGCAAGGACAGAGAAUCUAACAGCAGCCCGGCAAGUUCACCAAUACGAUCACGAUGUGGAUGAAAUAAAGGGUUGGAUGCAGGAGAAAGAGGCCGUGGUGGAUAUAGAUGAUUAUGGAUAUGAUCUUCCAGGUGUACAGACACUCCUCAGCCAGCUUGAGGGAGUAGAGAGAGAUCUAGGAGCCAUCAUGAAAGAGCUGGAGCGGAUUCGGGGGGAGGCUUGGCACCUCAGCCGCACGUACCCUCAAGUCAAGGAAAACAUUAUGGAGAGACUCACAGAGGUGGAUGAGUCCUGGGAAAACCUGGACAAGAAGUUUCUGGAGAGGAAGGCAAGACUCAGCCAGGCAGAACAAGUCCAGCUCUACUUCAAUGACUGCAGGGAACUGAUGGCCUGGGCCAACGAGAUGCACGCGCUGGUGAUAUCCGAGGAGCUGGCAAACGAUGUGCUGGGAGCUGAGCUGCUCAUCAAGCGUCACGAGGAAUACAAGCGGGAGAUAGAGAAACAGUGGCUGAAAUAUGAAGAAAUGCAGCGGGCGGGAGGUGACCUGAUGAAGAACGGACAUUUCAUGUCUGUGGAGAUUGAAGAAAAACUCUUAGAGCUGUCAGAGCUGAUGAAGAAGGUAAAGGAGAGCUGGGAUAUGAGGAAAGAGUUAUAUGAAGAAAACUGGGAGAUUCAAUUGCUCCGCAGAGAGCUAGAACAAGCAGAAGCAUGGCUGGCUGCCAAGGAGAGCUUUCUUUCAGAUCCUAGCUAUGGGGAUUCAGUGUCUGAAGUAGAGGAAUUACUGAAGAAGCACCAUGAUUUUGAGAAGAUGCUUGCAGCUCAGGAGGAGAAAUUUGCUCAGCUCAGCAGGAAAACUAAGAGGGAGAUGAAUCUUCUGAAACAAGUGGACACAGAAGAGAGUGAGCAGAAGGAUAGAAGCAAAGUUGUACGGGUUCCCUCUCUGAAAAGAAAAACGUCUGACAAAAGGAAUACACCACCAAAAGUGACAGAGACAAAGAGCACACCACCAGUCCCGCCUGUGCCCUUACCCAGCCUGUCCUUGAGGGCACCACUCGAAACUAUUUUCUCCCCCGUUGAAAAGUCUCCAUCAACAUUCCAGCAGUUCGCUGCUGGGGGAGUCCCAGAAGCGCUGAGCAGCAACAAGACAGAAAUGAAAGCUGAGAGGAGGCUGAGUGAGAUCCUCACUCCACCUACACCAAAGACUGUGGGUCCACCAGCUACGGCUUUGGAAAGCCGCAGUUCUUUAAGCUCUCCUCUAUCGCCCACUCCCACAGGCCAGCCCCGCAGCAGCACUCUGUCAGAAUCCUACGCCACAGGCCUUCUAUCACCUCAGGAAAAGAGUGCUAGAGGCUCCUCUUUCUUCAACCUGCAGACAAAAGUCAUGGCAACUCCACCCGAGCCUGGCCAAAUGUCACUAGAUAAACCACCAAGCUUACUGAGGUCUGACUCCUCUUCGAAGCCAUUAGAGAAUAAAUCUUCGGCUUCUGCAAGUCUCCAGCACAUGGAAGGAUUCCUAGAAAAGAGAGACCAGCUCCUCCCAGGAAGACAACAGCCAGGCUCAAGGUCUUGGAAAUCCUUCUAUGCAAAACUUGAUGGAUUAAAGCUUGAUUUCUACAAUGAUGAAAAAGACGCAUCUAAGAACGUACCCGCGCUCCUGUCCGUCAGCAUUCCCGGUGCCAAAUGUGAGAGACUGGUAAAUUACAUCAGGAAAGAGAACGCCUUCAUGCUUCGGCUGAGAGAUGGGGCAGAGUAUUUCCUUGCAGCACCUUCUCAGAGACUGCUGGAGGACUGGCUGCAAUCUCUGCAGAAUAACAUAGGACAAAGUAACAGACCACAUUCCACAACGAUGCUGCAGCCUUUCACUCCAAACAGAGAGACCUCCCAGACCAGACUGUGGGACUUUGCAGACAGAGACUCUGCUGAAAGACUGACCACCAAAAGCUCACUCCCGAGGAGAACACCUUCCUUCAAAAUCAAACCAGAGAGAGAGUCUGCGGAAUUUUCCAGAGCUUUUAAGGACGAUGGGACUGCAGCGACACGAGCCUCCACCACCCCCCUGAGCCAACAAACCGGUAAUCAAACAAAACCACUUCUGUCGCUACUAGAAGCACGAAGAGAAAAAUGACAUUUGCCCCAAUGAAUAGCAAACCCUUCACCACUAUAUCUUAAUCCAGCCAUUUCCUCUGGAAAUGAAUUGAUACGUUUCACGUUAAUUACUACCCUUGGAACUUCUUUUAAUUAUGUAUAAAAAUCUAGUAAAACCAUGAAAUGUAAUUAAACAGGACCGCAUCUGGUAUGCUUUUGUGUAUAUGACAACUCUGUCAUUGAUUGUAUACCCUGAGUGGUAUCUACUCCAAGUGACCUCAUGGAAGAGGGAAGAGC